UUGGUGUAUUGCUACUUAGGGUUUACGGUACGAAAAUAGCGAGCUAGCAAGCAUCAUCGCAGCAGACGUCAUCUACUUGGAAUUAGCUUUUCGGCUAAUGUUAGCCAGAGCUAACCUAAUUUAGUCCGCUAAAAGCUCAAGUGCGUUAACUGCAUGUCCCUCUCCAUGUAUGUAGACAAAUGCACUUCUCAAGGAAAUGAAAUGACAGGGAAUGACGUGGUUAGUGACAUGGCUCAAAGUGUCUGGCAGAGCCUCAGCCAAGUUCAAUAUGUCCUUAGUUCCCUGAACAAUAGUUGACCACUCUGCUCGGUCAGCCGGGUUGGUUUAUCGUUUUAAGGCUGUGUGCUGCGGUGCUGCAGAGGAGAAGAGAGGCAUGUGGUCCACCACAUCCCUUUGGUGUGGCUGGUGUGGUUGUAUUCAUCUUUGCAUUUUCACAGUUGUCCUCAAGGCUUCUCUGCGCGUUUAUCACGACAGAAUAAUAUAAAUGAUGAGAUGCGUUUGGUCUGAUAAUGUGAAAUCGUAGUUUGGGUGCAACAAUUUACUUUUAUUUUUUGUUGUUGUUUACAUAUCAGUUUAAUUAAAAUGUAAUUAGGCUCAUUGAUGAGAAACUCUCUAGAUUGCCUGAAUAUCACCCACCCCAGUGCACUUUGUUACAACAACAUCAUUACUCUUCUGUCUCUUUUUAAAUUCCUCAUCUUGGGUUAUCAUAGAUCCUUUCCUAUUGACUUAACUUAGUCUUUGCGCGACUAUAAUAACAUGCACUCUCUUUAUUUGUAUAACAGUGUUGAAUUGAUUUCCAACGCCAGUGUUUACACAGUUGUGUAAAUGACCCGAAAGAAUUUUAAGCGGCAUUUCCUGUUUAAUUCCUGUUUAGUCACGUCCCUGCAGAACAGAUGUGUAACAAACAUUCAUUUGUCACAAUGUUGAUCUGUGUUUACCUUCACAGAAGCAGUCAGUCUUUUAUAAAUAAGGAGCCUGUCUAUGUCGAUGACACACUUUCUCAUGUUGUUCCCUAAUCUGUUUUUCAGUUCCUCAAUGAUAGAAAGUAGAUAACCAUGCGGUGCUUUAAACAAGCUUCUGGAUAGAAUGUUUGGAGGACGGACGUCCAUGGGAGUUGGCGAGCGUUUGAGUUGUCCACCGGCCUUUUGUGAGUGUUGUCCUUCACCCGCUGGUCCGCUGCUUUGUGCCACGUCAUUCACACCGGCCCUCCGCUACCGACUGUGAGCGUCGACUCAAGCGUUUUGUUUCUAUAGAGGUCUUUCUAGGCCACAUCCAUGGGUUUGUUGUAGGCAGCACUUCUCGGGUUUCACAGAGAUGUGCUGUAUCUCCUGCUUGAUCUCUGCGGUCGAGUUGCUGCACUGAGUUGUACAGCCGGGCUAUCUGUUUGGCUGUUGCGGUGGUAUUGUACACCGCAGCAGCAGGAGGGCAAAGGAUCAGCUUACCUGAAACAUUCAGAGAGAGAUCGACAGAACGGAUGCUGAGGGAUGCAAGAGAGGAACUUUGUAGAGCUGUUUCAUGUCCUUCAGUGACUGAGAAGGCGGUGGAGGGGUUUAGAGGUGGUGAAUGAGUUUUCUUGUCUCCUCUUCAUUGCAGUCAGUCAGUCAGUGAGUGGUAUUUGCAAUGCAAUAGUUCAUUCAUUUCUUCCACUAUUUGACCGGACAAAGUUCCUCUGAGUGCUGGUUAAUGCUGUGUCUCGGGAGUUCUGUACAUCACCAGAGGUGACCAGCCAUUGUCAAACUGCUGCUAUCGCUGAGAGAGGGCCACAGAUGGAGGCCUACAGAACGAGGACUGGACCCUCAACAUCGAGAUAUGCGAUAUCAUAAACGAGACAGAAGAGGGGCCGAAAGACGCCAUGCGGGCGCUGAAGAAGCGACUCGGGGGCAACAAGAACUACAGAGAAGUGAUGCUGGCGCUGACGGUUUUGGAGACAUGUGUGAAGAACUGCGGCCACAGGUUUCACGUCCAGGUGGCCAACAGAGACUUCAUCGAUGGUGUGUUGGUCAAAAUCAUCUCCCCGAAAACCAAUCCUCCAACCAUCGUACAAGACAAAGUGCUGUCGCUUAUACAGGCCUGGGCUGAUGCCUUCAGGAGUUGCCCCGAUCUAACCGGUGUGGUCCACAUCUAUGAGGAACUGAAGAGGAAAGGCAUUGAGUUCCCGAUGGCCGACCUGGAUGCAUUGUCUCCCAUCCACACACCGCAGAGGGUUACAGCAGAGGUGGACCCCGCCAUGAUCAAGUACCUACCGGCCUCACCCGCCGCUGGGACCCCUAAACCUGCCCUGAUCCCGAUCCCAACCCUGGCCCUGACCCCUGCAUCUACCACGCAGGCCUCCCUCAUGCCCAGCCCCAUCACAGCUACCCCUGAACAGAUCGCCCGGCUGCGCAGUGAGCUGGACGUAGUGAGAGGAAACACCAAAGUCAUGUCAGAAAUGCUGACAGAGAUGGUCCCCGGGCAGGAAGACGCCUCUGACCUAGAACUGCUUCAGGAGCUGAACAGAACAUGCAGGGCUAUGCAGCAGAGAGUGGUCGAGCUCAUCUCACGGGUCUCCAACGAGGAAGUGACCGAGGAGCUGCUACACGUCAACGACGACCUCAACAACAUCUUCCUCCGAUAUGAGAGGUACGAGAGGUACAGGUCGGGUAGAGCCGCGCAGAACAACGGGAUGUUGAAUGAGGCCACAGAGGACAACCUGAUAGACCUGGGCCCAGGCUCCCCUGCUGUGGUCUUGCCCAGGAUCAGCUGUAGCCCUGGGUCCAAAUCCAUCGCCGGGGCCGCCGCCUCCCCGGGCCCUAACCCCACCACGGCCUCUCUUUCGUCUGCACUAGCUAGUAUUGAUGUAGCUUCGGACAGCGUGAGCGGGACCCUGUCCUCUCUGCCCAGCCGCAACCCGGAUGACUUUGACAUGUUCGCCCAGACCAGGACCAGCUCUUUGGCGGAGCAGCGCAAAAAUGUAAAGUACGAGGACCCUCAGGCUCUGGGUAGCCUGGCCUCGGCUUUGGAUGUGAGACAACAGAACACAGGAGGGCCGAGUGUAAAAGGGGAUGAUAACCCAGCAGAUCAGGAGCUGCCCAUAGACAGCUGGCUUAUUACCCAAGGAAUGAUCCCCGUAUCGCAGUCCUCUGUCAUGGAUGACAUAGAGGAGUGGCUCUGUGCUGACGUGAAAGGGGAUGCUGCCGAGGACGGGGUGACCAGUGAAGAGUUUGACAAGUUCCUGGAGGAGCGAGCGAAGGCACCGGACUCUCUGCCGUCUCCCCCCGGCGCUCACCCCGCUCGUGCAGCUGGUGGCUCCCACAAGAAGGCUGAACGGACGGAGGAUGCCCUCUUUGCCUUGUAGACUCUUCUCGGAGAACCUCGGGUCGCUCUCCAGGGGCAUCUAAAGGUCCUCGCCCCGAAAUGAUUCCUCCCUAACAGUCCCUCCGGGUCCCAUUUUGUUGCUGACUGGCAGUGGUGUGGCAAGUGAUCUCCACCUCCUUGUCGUUCUCUUGCCACGCUGUUGCUUUAACAUGUUUACUGCGCACGACUGUGUUGCGUUUCUACUAUAUAUAUGGAUGUAUUGAUCUGUCAGCGUGGGAUGUACUACUCGCAGCUCUGCAUCUCAUUUGUAACGCACCACCAAAGAAAGACGAGCUAACUAGUCUGAUGUGGUUUGAAAAUGUGGUAUAUUACUGCGAGGUCAAUGGGAAAAGAUUCACUUACAGGUCAAUGCUUUGAGUCGGUAUGAAAGCAUACAAUUAGGAUUACAUUGUGUUUGACUACAUUCAGCUAAUUGCUAAUUUAUGCAUUUAUUGUUUUAAUGGUUUGUUCUGUACUAUGUACUAGCUCUGUGGUUCUGGUCCAGCCAUGCUUUUCUCCACAAAAUACUCCAGUUAGAGCUCGAGUCUUGCUUUUAAUACUGAGAUAUGUGUGGAAUGGAAACAGGCUUUAUGACCCAAUUUGCCUGAAGCAGCGGGGACAAAAGGCUUAUUGUUAGCAGGCUAAUGCUGCUAAUAGCUAAAUGUAUAACAGCUACUCUUGAUGAGUGUACGCCCGCAUUCCUUUUACCAAAGGGAAUAUAAAAAACAAAAAUCUGAAAAGGCACUAGUUAGGAUUCUUUGUGUUUUUAAAUGGCUAAGGGGAAGGAACGUGCCCGUGGAAUAUUUCCCGUGAGUCUUUUCAGUCCUCUGAAAAGCUACAACAAAUUAGCCGCCCUUGGAACAAUUGCAAACACUUUAAGCCAUUCCAAAGAACGUUGAGGCUUUAAUGACCGGCCAGUAUUGAGUUUUUCCUUCCCCUGCUAUGUUGAUGUUUGUGCACUUUGAAGCAAAAGCGAGUCUGUAUUUUUUUUUUUUCUCCCUUUUGCGUUUACAAGAUGCUUAAUAUUUUUCUAGGGGAUGGGAAAUGGUCAUUAGAUUGACUUCAUUUUGCACUUAACUUUUGUCACUGUGUUAUUGCAGGGCUUGUUCACAAAUAAGAGGAUUGAUGGACAGUUAAACUUUAAAAAAAUAACACGCUCAUGCAAGACAGAAUAUGGCAUUUAAAGGAUCAGCAUGACUUGGCGCUGGCACCAUAAUCAACUAACGGACAAAAAGUAAAGCUUAGAAUAAUGCACUGUGUUAAUAUAGGUGCAUCUUCACUUACUCUCAACUAUGUAAUCUAUAUACCUCAAAAUGCAUGAAUUCUAGAUUCUGUAUCUGGUUAAACAUAUUUAGACUCAUAGUAACAUCCAGAGGGCAGAGAGGUUCAUGUAUCGUUUGAUUCCCUGAUUGUAUUUUCAUAGUUCAUGUUUAAAAAAAAAAAAAAAAAAAAAAAAAAAAAAAAACCCUUUUUAUCAUUUAUCUUUUUUGUGGUUGAGGCUGAAACACUUUCUUUGAUUUGUGCAGUCAAAGCCGUACUUUCGUUCUUGAUGUGUUUUCAUUCUGUUGUGAUUCAUCUGCUCCUGUUGCAGCUGCUGCCAAGCAUUUCUGUGAUUGGCUGAUUUCAACAAAGUGGCUCUGACUGGUGUUUGUCUUUGAGGCAAAAAGCAAUCCUGUCUCCAUUCCAGCUCUUUAGCUUUCUUUCUUCUUUUUUUUUUUUAGCUCUGGUUUGUUUUAACGUUGAAGAUUGUUUUAGUCCAUUUAAGACCAAAAGCCUUGUCAAUCAAGGCAUCCCAAGAUGUAAAAGCCUAAUUCGUGCAUCAUGCAUUACGUGUCGUCAGUAUAGACCUUCCACUAAAGGGAAAUAUUCAUGAUUUGUUAUACUUUAACAUAAUUGCAACUUUGUGUCUGCGUAAUCAUUAUGAUUGAAUAUACAAAUGUAUUUUAGUUCUGGAAAGUUCAUGAUUAAUGAGCUUUAACUUUUUUUUUUUUUGAAUGCUGUAUGGUUGCAUAUGGUUUAAUAUGGUUGCCACGUAACUGAGAUAAUAGCGUUAAAUUUACAAUCAACCAUUGUGUUCACUUUAAUAACAAAAUGUACGAUGCAAGCUGAACAAAGGAUUACUAAAGAUGUAACGGGAGAUCCUUAAAAAGGGAACUUGAGUAAUUUUCUGUUUGUAUGUUACGCAUCUCUGGAUCUGUAACAGUGUAUUGUGUUACUCGCUUUUAUGAAGCUUAAGUCCUGAUUGCAACAUGCUAUCUCAAAAAUGGUUAUUGAAUGUCUUUUAAUACUGAAGAAGCAGAACAUUGAGCGGAUGUUUGGUGGACAUGGAAGAGAGGCUUGUUUUCCGUCGGUGGGUGUCCCAUGUCUGUGUGGCUGUGCCAUCUUCUGCCGUUACUAAUGGUCAGAUUUUUGUUUGACCUGCUGCACGUAUAUAUAACUGCCCAAUAAAACACUAGCAAUGUGUGACCUCUA